AUGCCAAGACGACUUCCUCUCAAAGUCCUCUUUCGACAAUUCUUUUAUCGACUGGGCUCGCUGAUCAAAACACUUCUCCGGGGUCUCAUCGUGACUACGGUUUGGUUGAUCGUCCUGCCUUUAUUUACUCUCUGGACCUGGAGACUCUGUUUCUGGACAGGAGAGCGCAUUGGAUACACAAAUGAUCCAAACAAUGGAAAUUUGCCCGAAAAUCACCCGUCUCAGCAGAACACAACAUUUGUAGAAACGUCUCCUUCUUCAUCUUCUCCUGGAUUCAAUUUCGAGACCUUCUUUACUAAUCCUGGAUCAGCCUGGAGCUUUCUCAACAAAAGGGGGUUUUGGACCGAUUGCUUCGAGGGUCAGAUCAUUACUGCCUCUGUAGUCGUCGUAUUUGUCACUGCCUAUCUUUUCAGGGAGUGGGUGAUCCAAAACAUGCCUAUUGAAGAAGAACCUGAUAUGCCUGAUCAACUCAUGGAGUUUCCGCAACCUGUCAGAAUCCCACCUAGAGAUCACAUUCCAAAUCACCAACAAUUACUUCAAGAGCAACAGCAACAACAACAGCAACAACAACAACAACAACAACAACAACAGCAACAACAAUUUGCAGUCGAAACCUUAGUAGACGCAGUAGAUGCAUUGCGUGCCCGGGAUAGAGAAAAUCAUUUUAAUCAACAUCAGAUUGAUCGUGUUCAACCUCAAUUGCAACAGAUCUGGGCAGAACUUGACGAACUUAGAACACCAGGCAACCGUAACAACAACAUUAAUAUUAAUAACAGUAUCAAUAAUUCUAAUCAUCAUAAUCAAAACAACAACAACCAAAGUCGCCACAGUAGCCCUGGAUAUGAUUCUGAAUUGGAUAAUGACGCCGAAAGACACCAACAGCAUGACAAUAGAAGCAUCCGUGAAGAAUCUCCUUUACUCCACGGAUAUCCAACCGAAGAAGACAACCAGAGAGACAGGCGUCAAGAGCACAAGGCUAAUGCAGGCGGAGUCCAGCCCAGCCGACAAUCGUCUUCUGGCCUUCACACUACAUCUACAUCUACAUCUACAUCUACUUCUGCAUCCACAUCCACCACCGCCGGACGUUGGGAUUACAAUGGACACAACUGGCCAAGUGGAUCUCAACUGCCACCCCCAAGCCGCUUUUAUGAGUACCUUGACGACAUGGACACCCAACCCGGAAGCAGCAGCACAUCUAGUCGUGGCAAUGCGAGUGUAGACACAGCAGCAGCCUAUGGAGUAAGCGAACAUGACAUGUUCUCGGACGGAUCACACCAUAACAUCAAUAGUAACAGUAACAGUAACAGUAACACCAGCACUAGUACUAGCAGCAGCAGUAGUAGUAGCAGCAGCAGCAGCAGUAGCAGCAGCAGUAGCAACACCAAUGAUGAUGAUCACGAUGACGACGACGAUGAUAACAAUGUUGGUAGACAAUUUGGAAUACAUAAUGCUCGACAUCUUCAAGGACUUGAAAACAUGUUACGUCACACAAGCAACGGCAACGUCAACAACAACAACAACAACGUUGGUGGCGGUGCUGUUGAUAAUGAUGGAUGGGAAAGAGAUCAAGGACUGAAUAUUGAUCGCUUUAGAAACCGCGAUUUGUUUGACGAUGAAGGGUUCCCGCUACCUGAGCUUAUUCGACAGAGAAUAUAUGGUCGGAUGCCUGGUAACCAGCAUAGAACUGAGCUGAACCAACAACCUGAAAACGUUAUGAUCGAUUUUGGAAGCAACAAUAUCAACCAUGUCAACAAUCUCAACAAUCUCAAUAACAUCAAUAGCUUCAAUCGUUUCAAUAACCUGAAUAACCUUAACGAUCUAAACGAUUUGAACGAUUUGAACGAUCUGAACGAUCUGAACGAUCUGGAAAAUCUGGACAAUCUGGACAAUCUGAACAAUCUGAACAAUUUCAACAACGAUAUGAAUGGAAAUGCCGCCGCUGCCGCUGCCGCUGCUGCGGUUGAUGAUGAUGAUGAUUUUCAAAGGGAAGAUGAACCAUUUGAUAUGGGUGAAGGGCUUGAUGGAAUUCUAGAGGCAAUCGGCAUGCGUGGAAACCCUUGGAUGCUUAUUCAAAACUCGGUAUUGAUGUCAUUGAUGAUCAGCUUGUGUCUUGGUGUUGCUGUUUGGAUCCCAUAUGUACUCGGUCGCUUGCUGAUUUUGAUUCGACCCAUCAGCUUUAUCCAAACUCCAAUUUAUAUUAUGCGUCUCAUUACAGAUCCAUUAGUGGACUUUACUCUUGACAGAGUACUUCCGGCCGUUGUGUCUCUCUCCGAAAACUCAAAGUCUACCGAUUCUCCAGACGUAGUUAUGAUCUUUUGGGAGACUGUAAAGACGUUUUUUGAAAAGGCAAUCAAGAUCAUUAUGGAAAUCAUUGGAUCCAACGGAGAAAAUCACCAAUACGACCACGACAAUAGCCACGACCAUAAUCUUAAUCUUAGUAGCAACCAGCAAUCCACAAUUGCAGGUUUGAUAGCCUUUGAAACCGGCAUUCCGGAUCUUUCGAUGAUUCAAGAGAAAGCAGAAAUGAUCGUCAGCCUUGCUCUCAAACGGUGGCACCAAUUUGCAGUUGAACAGACCGGUAUUGACCGAACAGUGUGUGUUUUGGUCGGAUAUGUGAUUUUGGUUCUGUUUGGUUCCUGGUACCUCUCAAGAAGACAGCAUGGCUCUCUGACCAGAAGAGGAGGAGCUGCUGUCGGUGCUGGUGCUGGUGCUGAAAAUACAUUGGAAGAAAUCCUGAACCAACAAGGAAUCUUUUUAAAGGUCGUGUGUUUUAUUGGAAUCGAACUGAUUGCAUUCCCAAUUGUGUGCGGAAUUUUACUUGACAUCUCGACUCUUCCGUUGUUUGCCAAUGCCUCGCUUGCCACUCGUCUGGCGUUCUACCGGACCAACCCGUUGUCUUCUUGCUUCCUGCACUGGUUUGCUGGUACAGGAUUCCUGUUUCACUUUGCUGCGUUUAUUGGACUAUGCAGAAAGGUUAUCCGGCCAGGUGUCCUAUGGUUCAUCCGUGAUCCAAAUGACCCCCAGUUCCAUCCAGUGCAAGAAAUGGUCGAUCGCCCAGCGGUGACACUGUUCCAGAAGAUCAGUCACAGCGCAAUGAUGUACUCUAUCAUGGUUCUUGUUGGAGUGGGAGUUCCAACCUAUGCAAUCGGGCACUAUUUUGAUGUGUAUCCUCUUCGUUGGUCAUUCGAUAUUCCUUUGUCUACAUUGGCUGUGGACCUUGUGGGACUUGAGAUGAUUUUGCCGCUUAUUGUGCAACAGAUCAAUGGCCAAGACAUUGCCAAGGAUUGCUUGUUGGUUUGGUGGCGCGUUGUGUCUCGGUCGCUUAGACUGUCUUCGUUUAUGCUGGGUGGUAGAUACCCUGAGGAAGAGGGACGCCAUGUGAGAAAGACCUUGAUGGCCUGGCUAUUGUUCAAGAAGGCAAGUGUGCCAGAACAUGGAUUUUCCGAUGUGACUAUCUCAAACCCAACAAACAACAACGAAAGGGGAAGAAGAGCAGGCGAAAACGAAAAUGAACAUGAAUAUUAUGAAGGCUAUGAGAACAAUGAUGAUAGUGUUGUAUUCGAAAAGGACGGAAUGUUGGUCAGAGCACCAAAAUUGGAUGGAGUUCCUGUGGUUCCUGAUCAGUCGAUGCUUGUACCUGUGGACCCUGUUACUUUCGAGGCCAUUGAUGAAACCGAACGAUUACGAGGACACCCUGCAGCAUCUGGGUCUGAUAAUCAAGAUGCAACCACUACAAUUGUCUACAUUCCAUCACACUUUAAAGCCAGGGUUAUUUUAUUCUUGAUUCUUUUGUGGAUCUCAAUUUGCAUUGUUUUGGCUACCUUGACUAUUGGGCCACUUGUUUUGGGUCGACAUUUGUUUAGUGCUUAUUUUGCACCUAAUACUAGGGUUCACGAUCUGUACUCAUUCGGACUUGGGGCAUCCAUUUUACUGGGUAUUGCUGGUGCAGUUAAGACUGUGUUGGGAUACCAUGAAUAUUUCCAAUCAGCCUCGGCUGCGGAUAGAAUUGAGUCUGUCAGGAAGUUGUGUAUUACGGUUACGGGAUUCCUAUACUUGGGAAUUGUGCUGGGUGUUGUUACCCCACUCUUGUUAGGAAUUCUGAUUGAAUUAUAUGUGUUUAUCCCAAUUUCAUGUGUCAAGGCCAAUGAUCCCAUUACUCUAUACAUAUCACAGGAUUGGCUUUAUGGCGUCGUCUACAUGUGUAUAGCACGCGGGACGAUCUAUGUGCUACCCAACAACCGCUGGCAAAGACGGUUGGAUCAGAUAUUUGGAAAUGAUCCUAUGCAGCUGAACCCAUGGGUUGUAACACGGUCAAUUGCAGCACCAGUUGUCAUGGCAGCUGUGGCAGCAAUUGCUGUACCUGGCAUAGUGGCAUGGGGGCUGACACAGCUUUUAGGCGAUAAGAUUGACCAACUCGUUCUAUUGCGCUUCAUCUAUCCUGCCGUCCUUUUGCUGCUGGUUCUAGUUGGGGCUUGGAUACUGUGUGCCAGAUUACUGAAAGUUUGGUUGCGUGUAGCCAGAGACGAUGCUUACCUUGUUGGAAAGCAACUUCACAACUUAGAUAGCCCAAGAGUAGAAUGA